CCAAGUCCUCUUCUUCUUCUUCUUCUUCUUCUUCUCUUUUUCGCUUUUCCACUUCCAAAAGCUCGACUCUCCGAUCCAAUCUCCGGCGAUGCUCGUCCGCGUCCGCAGCCGCGACGGCCUCGAGCGCGUCUCCAUCCCGGACCCUUCUCGUGCCACCGUAUCCACCCUCAAAUCCCUCAUCCAAGCCCAGCUCGCCGUCCCCGUCUCCGCCCAAUUCCUCUCCCUCAACCGUGACCUCCUCCUUGCCAAGACCCCCGCCGAUGCCCUUUGCUUCUCCGACCUCUCCGAUCCGGUAGCGUUUCUUUCUUCUCUCGGUGUCGUCCAUGGCUCUGUUGUCUUUCUCUCCUACUUUGACCUCCCCCGCUCUGUCUCUGGUGCUCCUACGAUCACCCCUUCUGGAUCUUUUGGCCGCAAGAUGACCAUGGAUGAUCUCAUCGCCCGCCAGGUCCGUGUUUCUCGCCAGGAGACUCCGCACUGUGACACUGCGUCCUUCGAUCGUGACGCAGCGAAUGCGUUCCAGCUCUAUGUCAAUGAGACGCUUGCCUUUGCUGUGAAGCGUGGGGGAUUCAUGUAUGGCCGCGUUGAGGAAGGCGGCGUUGUCUUGGUGGACUUCAUCUAUGAGCCGCCGCAGCAGGGCACUGAAGAUUCCCUCUUUCUUCUCCGCGAUCCUGAUGAGGAAGCCUUUGUUGAGGCGAUUGCGGCUGGAUUGGGGAUGCGGAGAGUGGGGUUUGUGUUCACGCAGUCGGUGGGGAGAACGGGAAAGGGGGAGUAUACGUUGUCGGCCAGGGAGGUGCUGCAGGCCGCUGAGUUGCACGCUGAGGGUGGGAUUGAAGAGUGGGUGACUGCUUUGGUGAAACUAGAAGUGAACGAGGAUGGUGCCGCUGAUGUCCACUUUGAGGCGUUCCAGAUGAGUGAUAAUUGUGUGAAAUUGUUCAAGGAUGGGUUGUUUGUCACUGAGAUUGGUGAUGAUGAUAACCCUAGGGUUUCGAGGAUGAAGAAGGAUGUUGUUGUUGGAGUGAAGGAUACCAGGGAGGUUGACAAUGAUUUCUUCUUGGUGCCUGUGAAGAUCUCUGAUCAUCAGGGGCCUCUUUCAACAAGCUUUCCGGUGGAGAACCGAAUCACAACUGUAACAAUGAGGGCACUAAAGAACCACCUCGAUCGAACGAAACACCUCCCUUUUGUCAAGCGCAUCUCUGAUUUCCAUUUGCUGCUUCUGCUUGCGAGGUAUUUAGACGUGAACGCAGACAUCCCAGCCCUCACCGAAUGUGUUGUCGGGCAAACACCAGUCCCCGAAGGCUACCAGCUUCUGAUCGACUCCUUGGCUGCGGCGGGGUCUUGAAUUAUAUAUCCUAUACAUGAGUUCGGUUCAAGGCCCUCAUGUGUUUAUUGAGUUUGUUUGGUUAUCACUUUGUCGUAUUUUUUGUUAAUGCUUUGAAGAUUUUUAAUGGGGGUUUUGUACCAGUAUAAUUUAGUCAUUUAUUAAUGGGGUUAUAUCAACUUAUGAUGCCACAUAAAAAGUACAUAAUCUCAAAUUCUGAACUGAGUUUUA